UUCCGUAAAUUCAACCUAACCUGAUCUCCAUCUCCGAUCCUUCUUUCCCCGUCUCUCAAAACAAAAUUACUUUUUUCUUAAGAAAUUAAAAAAAAAAAAAAACAUUUCUUAUUACACACUUCAAAUCCCUUCGUCUCGUUUUAGCUCUUUACAUACAUACAUACACAAUAUAUAUAUAUAUAUAUAUAUAUUAUAAAUAAUUUUAAAAUUUUUUUCUCUCUCUAGAAGGCAAUGAGUUAAGUAGAGAGAGACAAAGAGAAGGAGAUUACAAUGCGAGAAUGCCUCAGUACAGGCAACAGUACCACUAUGGUAACGGAACGACGUCGGAUCAUGUGGCCAUUGGAGUUAGAGGAGGCGCCGGGAUCAAGGCGGCUCGAUGGCGCCGAUCGGGACGCACUGACAAGAGGCGCCGAAUCUCUAUCGGCUCUCUCAUCGUCGUUCUCUCUCUCGUUUUUUUUAUAACUGUUCUCGUAUACUAUUGCAUCUCUGCUGAUAAAAAUGAUAAUAGUAAAGAAUUUAUUAGUUAUCAUUCUGAGGAUGAUGAUUUCAAGGUUGAUUCUGAUUUCCUUACAAAUGUAACAAGAAUGGAUAGUUUUACAAUCCUUAAUUUUGGCAAUGGUUCCGUAGCGCAUGGCCGUGAUUCACGAUAUUGGGAUAGGGAUGAUAGGAGAAGGGAUGAUGAUUACAAUGAGGAUAUGGUGGAGCACAAAAUUGUGGAUUCUAGUGAUGAGUCUCUUGAUGAUGGCCAUGUUCCCAUGAAAGUGAAGAAUGAGAAGGAGGCUUCCCUGGAUUCUGAUAGGGAUUUGGAUCGUAGAGGUGUUGGGUUGUACAAUGAAGCAGGGCGCAAUGAAUUAAAAAUGUAUGAAGCAGAAUAUGAGGCAUCGCUGAAGAAUGGGGGCAAAUCACGAAAAGAACUUGGGAAUAGUCUUCAUUCGGCUAACAGUAGGGUCUUUGGAAUGUAUGAUGAGGUUGAUGAUGCUGGUGACCACUAUAAUGAUGGCAUUGAUGCUGGUGAUAGUCAAACGGAAGAUUAUGAUGAUUUUGGACAUGACAAGGAGGAUAUUUUAGAUGAAGCAAAAUCUCAUGAUGAAAAUGUUAAAGAGUCCUCUACUUUCUUUAAUGCUAAAACUAACAAUCAGCAUGUUGUCAAAGAGCUUAAGGAAGAAUCAACUUUAUCAAGGGAGGCCUCUCAAGAUUUUGAUGACGUUGAUGCUAAUUCUCAUCAUGCAAUUUCCCUUGGUCAUAAAUCUGGAAAAAACUCACGGACAGAUUCAAAAAGAAAACCAAGGCACCGCAAGUUUUCAGGCUCUUGUGAUAUGAAGUUAUUCAAUUCAACACACCUGGUAGAGCCUUUAGAAAGUCGAAAGUUUGCACGAUUUUCCUUACAGUAUACACAAAUGGAGGAGAAGCCCGAGGGAGAAGAGCAAUGGACACCUAAAUUCGCUGGGCAUCAGAGUUUACAAGAACGUGAGGAAUCUUUUUUGGCACAUGAUCAAAAGAUAAAUUGUGGGUUUGUUAAAGGUCCACAAGAAUAUCCAAGUACUGGCUUUGAUCUGGCAGAAGAUGAUGUAAAUUAUAUCAGCAAGUGCCACAUUGCUGUCAUCUCUUGCAUUUUUGGAAAUUCAGAUCGCUUGAGGACACCUGCUGGCAAAAUGGUUACUCGCUUGUCAAGGAAAAAUGUCUGCUUUGUUAUGUUUGUUGAUGAAAUCACAAUGCAAACACUAUUUUCAGAAGGUCAAUCACCUGAUGGUGGUUUUAUUGGUUUAUGGAAGAUAGUGGUUGUAAAGAAUCUUCCAUAUGAUGAUAUGCGCAGAGUGGGCAAAAUACCAAAACUGUUAGCGCAUCGACUAUUUCCUUCUGCAAGGUACUCGAUCUGGUUGGAUAGCAAACUACGUCUACAGCGUGACCCCUUACAACUUCUGGAUUACUUCUUGUGGCGAAAAGGUUAUGAGUAUGCCAUUUCUAAUCAUUAUGACCGACAUUGCAUCUGGGAAGAGGUUGCACAAAAUAAGAAGCUGAACAAGUAUAAUCAUACGGUCAUUGAUGAGCAAUUUGAUUUCUAUCGGGCUGAUGGGUUGAAGAGAUUCAACUCUUCAGAUCCAAACAAGCUUCUUCCUAGCAAUGUGCCUGAAGGUUCAUUUAUUGUUAGAGCACACACUCCAAUGUCAAAUUUGUUCUCAUGUCUUUGGUUCAAUGAGGUUGAGCGAUUUACUCCCCGUGAUCAGCUAAGUUUCGCAUAUACAUACCAGAAAUUAAAAAGGAUGAAUCCUGACAAACCAUUCUAUCUAAACAUGUUCAAGGAUUGUGAGAGGAGAGCCAUAGCUAAGCUUUUUCGACAUAGAUCAGAGGAGAAGCGAAAUGUUCAGCAACAGGCAACGUUGUAAAUUUGUGCUGUAUGUAUUAUCGACCUUUCCUGUUGAAUUUCAAAAUUUUUUGUACACUUUUCUUGGCCCUGCUGGUUCAGUUCCUUGGGAAGAACGUAACAGUGUUACAAGUUGCAGCAUCUGGUUAUUGACAUAGUACAAUGAAUUUCGCAACUUGCAACGAUAUGUUAAAGCAUGGCACCAUCUUGCGGCAGUUCCUUCAAUUUUAAUUUGCUAGGCUCUGUCGAUUACAAAAUUCUCUUCUACGUCAUUGUUCUUACUUCACAUUCAUUGCUACGUCCAUAGGUAACGAAGCACCAAUACCAUUGUACUACUUACACCUAAAAUUUGUUGUAUUAUUAUUAUUUUUUUGAACACUCUCAAAUGGCUAUUAAAGUUUGUUAUUUUGAUGGGGGGCUUUUAGGCUUGAAUGAUAAUUGGCCAGUUAAUGAGUUGAAAUGCAGUUUUAAAAAUUACUAGAGUUGGGGCAGAAUCCCUUCUUUUUGUAUGAUGAAUCUAAAUUUAUUUUAGGAUUUUGUUGACGUGUACAUUUGAUAUGAACUUUGAUAAAAUGUUCAAAUUGAUAUGA